CACUAUUCACUUGCCUUUCACGAUUUCUCCCAAUUUCGACUUCCCCUUCUGCGAUCUGUUUCCCGAGGCCACUGGCCGAGAUGAUUCCUUACUCGAGUUGACUCGUGGGCUCGCUCAUCAACUCGAUCCCUUUCAUUUUCUUGCUCUGACGGCCCCUCUUUUCCCUCUCACGAUCAAUCUCCGGACAAUCGGGCUCCCUUUCAGCGAGAUCUGAAGGUAUGAUUCACAUACUCCACUUUUCCUGUCGCCCUACUUCUACUUCUCCCUCAAUUUGGCUAGCACUCUACCUUCCUUCCUUUUAAAUUUUCUAUGGGCAAAAGAUUUGGACCCAAUUCUACCGGUGGCGUGCAAAAUUCUACAGGCGUUUGAUAUGGGCAGUGUAAGCCCUCGCUAUUUACUUGUUAUUUCCAUAUUGUUGUUAGAUUACAGUGCUAAUUUAUGUUGUCAUCCGAUUGAAGAAGGAACUAGGAAGAAGUACUCACUCUAUCGGAUCCCAGCAGGUUACUUUUAUAAAUUAUACUUGCAUUUGGUUUGCUAACCAACUAGCUUUGGAGUUACUCUUUAUGUGCUCUAUUGCUCUAUUUGCUUGGUCUUGAUACCCUGGAAAAUUGGAAUUGCAAAUGGCUCAUUUAUGGGGUAACCGUAGAUGAAAUUUUAGUAUUUUAUUUUGAUUUGGAGCAGAGGUUCAAGGGAUCAGAAGGACUAAGAAGCUGAAAAACCUCCUUUGGGCCUUUGUUAAUUCUUGAUGAAUUUUGAAUUUGGGUAUUGUGUUCUGCAGAGUUUUCUGUUUGCCUUACUUAUUUUCCUACCAUGCUUUAAUCAUUCCUCUUACAUUACACGUACCAAGUGAAGUGUCCUUGAGACCAUGAUGAUGAUGAUGAUGAUGAUGAUGAUGAUGAUGAUGAUGAUGAUGAUAAUAAUAAUAAUAAUAAUUGACCCAUUGAAAAGUAGAUGGCUAAAUGAAGGAAGAGCCAUUGGAAGAUGAGAUUUUGAGCUGGUUUCUUUUGUCCUCUUUUCUACUAAAUAUAAUAUCCAUUACGUUGCUAUUUCUAAGGACAACCAUUUCUUGCUUUGUAGGUAAAUCAUGAACUAGAACUAUUUCAUGGAAAUUGGUAAGGAAAGGACUGAAGAGAGAAGGGAUGAUGGAUGGUAAACCCGAUAAAGAACAGAUUGGGAGCUACUCAAUUGAGGGGCAUGAGAAUUAAUAGGAAGAUGAGGGAACAAGACCCACUUUGAUAGGAAGAGAGAGGGUUGCUCUAGGGGUUGGAGAUGAGUUCCAAUGGGAAGACCCACUUUGACAGUAGACUCUGCCUGAUAGGGGUGUCCUCAUUAUUUUUAAAUUGAGAUUCGAGCAAUGUAUGUUUUAUCUUCUGGUAAACCAUAGAGGAAAGUUAGGGUUUCGCUGAAUAGGGAUAACAUUGACUGUCGAGCAUAUGAUGAAGUGAAAUUUGACUAUUAGUUGAUUUUCGAGUUUAAUAAACGAAAGCACAUAAAAAGGGAGAACGAGGUUGAAUGAAAGAAUUGUCAAAAAAAAAAAAAAAAAGAGGUUGAAUGAAAGAAAUAAGAAUUAUGGGCUAAAGUAACAUUGUCUAUGUUUAGCUUUUUAUAAGUGUUUUUCUACUUCAAAAGUUGAAGCAAGAAUAAUCACCUCUAAAAAUACAAAGCUUUUGUCAAAAUUUGUUUUGAAAAUACAAGAUUAUUUUUAUCAUAUUUUAAUUUUAUUUUAAAAAAUUAUAAUUUUCUUUCAUUUAUAGCAUUUUAAUAAUAAAAUUAAUGAAAAAAUAAGUGCCUUUUAUAUUUUAGAUUUUCAUUCAUAUUUUAAAUGAGAAAUCAUUUUUAGUCAUUUCACAUGAUCGCAUAUAUUAGGGUGUGCCUAUGGUGACAUGUAUGUCACCGUGACAUGGACAUUUCAGUCGACCUGAUCGUAACAGCGAUCGACCGAAUUGACUAAUUUGGGCACCCCGGGGGCUCAUCGCGAUCGACCUCAAAGAUCAUAUGGUCGAUCGUUUGUAGUUUAAGUUGUUAGUUUUGGUCGACCACAAUAAAACCUCGGUCGCCCUUUUCGUUGGCGUCAGAAGCAACAUGGUCGACCGUAAAGGUAUAUAGGUCGACCACUUGAUGGCGGUCAUAAACAAAAUGGUCUACUAUUUACAGCAAGAGGUCAACCAGAUUGAAGAGAAGUGUUGUAUCCAUUUAUCCAUCAUAUUUGACAUAAAAUUAAGAUCGUGUUGGUUUCGUGGUCGAUCCAAUCCGGUACUAGGUCGAUCGAAUAUGGGUAUUUCAAUGCUCGUAUAAAUUAUGUUUCAAACCAACAUAACAACUAAACAAUGAUAACAAGGACUCAUAACUUCAUAACAUAACAACUAAACUAACUAACAAUAAAUACAAUAAAAAACAAAUCAGAAUGGUUCAAAUAUAACUAAAAUCUAAAACCAUGGAAUAACUAUCAACAAUCGUUUUUAACACUUAACAAUAAAAACACAUAAUCUAAAAUCAUCGAGUUCCUCUUGUCCCCUCUCUCUCUCAUCCACAUUUUCUUCAUUGUUGUUGCUAGCAUUAUGGUAGUCGGAUGUGAUGGGAUGCAUGUAUCUUCCACUGAAAGAUCGAAACUCAUCUCGCAUCUCAUUCACGUUCACCUGCAGUGUGCUCAUCUGGGUGGUCAUUUGCCCCAUGUAUUCGUACAUGCCAUUUAUGUGCUCCCACACAAGCUCUAAGGUGACCGGUGGAGUUUAACUCUAUGAUUGCGACAUUUGCUCGUCUCCGGCUCCUUCAUCAGAAUCACCAUCAUCAUCCUCGUCAUCAUCACUACCAUGGACACCAUGAGCAUUGUUUAUUUGUACAUACUAUUACGCAGCUCAAAGCCCAUCUUUUUCAGAGAUGAAACUGUAUAUAACUCCUGCCUUGAGAUUCUUAAGCCAACGUCACCACUUAAAUCCACAUUAAAAUGCUCAAAUAGCAAAGUCAGGAUCAUCCUUUUAGUAGAAUGUUGUAGGAAAGAAUGUGGUGAAGAACUUUGGCUUGAACUGUCAGGUGGUUACUCGUUAGCCUAAUGCGAUUAUGAGCACCUUCCUCUUCAUCAAGACCACAUACCGUCUGGAUUUGCUUGGUUCUCGAGAAAUGAGUUUCAUUCCAAGCAGUGUAAUAAUUGAUUUUCUUCCCCUCGAUUGGAGUCUCUAGUACUUGUGCCAACACAUUCUUGCUGAUACGCAUUUCCACCCCAUUCACAAAGCUUUUAAAUGCAUGAAUGGAUCCAUUUGCAUUAUGCUGAUAAGUGAUGUUGUUGUAGAAGUACUGUACCAUUUUUGGGUAGUAUGGUGCAUUUAGAGAUAUCACUUUCAGCCACUCAUGUUCGACAAAGAGUUCUAGAAACCCUUAAUUAUCGAAAUGAGAAAACACAUCUGUCGUCAAUGGCAUUCCAGGAGCCACCUUGCGGUUGUGCAUUCUCCUCGCUUCAAAUUUGUCACUUGGCUCAUUGGUCUGGAACAGAGUGGGGCUGAACUCUUCCCAUUCCGAACUUUAGGCAGCCACUUUGUUUGACUUUGUUUUCUUUUUGCCGCCAAACAUCCUGAGAUCAAACAAGCGAGAAUAAACGUUAGGCACAUUUUUUAAACGAACAAGACUUGGUCGACCUCUCUAUGAACAGGUCGACCUAUACACUACAUGCAUAGAUAAAACAGAACAACAAUAGGUCGACCUCUUAACAUCAUCAGUCGACCUCUGCUUGCACAUGCAAAAUCAAUAACCCCAACAUUUACGUAAAUCUACGAUACAAAAACAUUAAUAGGUCGACCUAAAAAACAUCAUAGGUCCACCUAAUACACACCAUAGGUCGAACUCAGCAAAUCAAACACAAAUAUGGGUCGAAGAAGGCCAAAAUUGGAGUGCAAAACAUCAUAGGUCGAUCUCAAAAUCAGAAACUAUUGACCUCUGUUAAUUAUAAAACGAGAAUGGGUCGACCCAAACCCGUAACAACUGUAGUAAACAACAUCAUAGGUCAACCUCAAAAGCAUCAUAGGUUAACCUCAGUUAAUCACGCACAAAUAUGGGUUGAAGAAGAAGGCCAAAACUCGUACAAAACGUCAUAGGUCGACCUCAGAAACAUCAAAGGUCGACCACGGUGAAUAAAAAACGAGGAUGAAUGGGACCAAACACGUAAAAUUUGGAGUGCAAAACGUCAUAGGUCGACUUUAAAAUCAUCAUAGUCGACCUCAGUUAAUUAUGGACAACUAUGGGUCGAAGAAAAAUGCCGAAACUUGGCAAAAACGUCAUAGGUCGACCUCAUAUAAACAUCAUAGAUCGACCUCGGUGAAUAAAAAACGAGAAUGAAUGGGACGAAACGCGUAAAAUUUAGAUUGCAAAACAUCAUAGGUCAACUCAGUUAGUCAAGCACAAAUGAUAGACCGAUAAUUACACAUAUUUUCACCCCUAUUCUUGAGCCGUUUGAGAGGUUGACUCUCGGGUUUUAAGCCGAUUUCACGCGAGGGUGUGUGUUUAUGUCGUAUUUCAGGACCCGGCAUUGGAAUCGAGGCGAAGGAACGAGAUUUGGAUCGAAAGGAGCAAGUGAGGCAUGAAGUGUGCUGGAGGAAGAAAAUACCCGGCCAUGACCAAAAAUACCCGGCCGGGUAUUAUUCUGAGGAGGCCGGGUAUUUAUUGUUUUGGCACCCGUGAGAAACAGGAGGGGUCCCGGGCUGGAGGCAAAAAUCCCCGACCGGGGAUUCUUGGGACAGACCGGGUAUUUUUCCUUUCCUCAAAACGUGCAUUUCAACUAUACCCGGUCGAGACCCAAAAUACCCGACCGGGUAUUUCGACCGGGUAUCGCGACAGGCAGAUGUUUUAAAGGAAAAGAAGUCCAAAGAUCAGGGGGAUUCGAGUUUUGAGAGAGAUAGAGCGAUUCCGAAAGAGAGAAAGCGACGAACAAGAGUCUCCAAGUGCCCUAGCUUGAUCUUCAUCACCAUUGGAGCUUGGCUUGAGCUUGGAGGAGUGCCAAUCAACGUCCAGGAGCAGGAAUCCAUCCUUCACAGUAUGAAUUCCGCAUCUGAUUCUGCUUUUGCUUCUUUCUCCAUGGAGUAGUUCUCCCAUUCAUCUGGGUAUGGAGAACCCUAGAUUUGUAUGUUAGGUUUGAUUGUAUGAACCCAAGUACUGAUUCUAUGAUUUGAUUAUAUUCGAUUGAGGUUUGAAUGAUUGAAUGGCAUGAAUCCUGAUCAAAUUCCUGUUGUUUCUGCUUUAACCUAGAAUGAGAAUAUCUGCCUAGGUUGAUAGAGCAUCCUUGAUUGAAGGUAGGGAGUUAGUGACUUUAGUCGAGGAGCCAACUCACUAUUCUGUACCGAAUUUACUUCGGUAGUGGAGGUUUUGUUCGUUAGGGCCUCAAUCUGUUUACUCCGGUGGAGGUUAGUCGCCCGCUAGAGACUCAGAUUGAGAGGGUCUGGAGACCUUUAGUCGAGACUUCAGACUGCUUAAGAACCUUCCGCAGUAUAACUAUCAUAGAAACUAAACUUGGUAAUUACAAUCCGGCUUAACUGCAGUCUAGGGGGAACCAUAUCCGGGUGACCUCUCUUAACCUGAAUACAACAGUUUACUUGCUUUGCUUGUUUGUUAGUUUAGACUUGCAUUAAAGUUUCAUUGCUAGAUAACAAGAAUUCACCAAGUAGUCAUCAAAUCUAGGACCCGGGUUGACAUUUAAACCCAAACCCGCUAUACUACACUUUAGGAAGUGGUUUCACUUGGCCAAUUCCUGGAGUGACAGUAGAAGUGAGUCAACAAACUUGGUCGAAAAAGAAGGCCAAGACGCGUAACAUUUGGUGUAAAAAAGUCAUAGGUCGACCUCAAAAUCAUCAUAGGUUGAGCUUAGUUAAUUACGCACGAAUAUAGGUCGAAGUAUAAGACCAAAACUCUGCAAAAAUGCCAUAGGUCGACCUCAUAAACAUCAUAGGUCGACCUCGGUGAAUAAAUAACGAGAAUGAAUUAAACCAAACGCGUAAAAUAUGAAGUGCAAAACAUCAUAGGUCGACCUCAGUUAGUCAAGAACAAACUUGGUCGAAGAAGAAGGCCAAGACGCGUAACAUUUUGUGUGCAAAACGUCAUAGGUCGACCUCAAAAUCAUCAUAGGUCGACCUCAAAAUCAUCAUAGGUCGACCUCAGUUAAUUACACACAAAUAUGGUCGAAGUAUAAGGGCUAAACUCGGCAAAAACGUCAUAGGUCGACUUCAUAAACAUUAUAGGUCGACCUCGGUGAAUAAAAAACGAGAUUGAAUGGGACCAAACGCGUAAAAUUUGGAGUGCAAAAUAUCACAGGUCGACCUCGGUUCAUAAAAAACGAGAAUGGAUCAAAGCAUACGCUUAACAUUUGGAAUGCAAAAGUAAAUCGGUCGACCUUAGUAACAUCAUAGGUCGACCUUAGAUCCGGUCGACCAUAAAGAAAAUUAGGCCGACCGAUUCUGACGAACAUAACAGAAAAACCUUAUUUUUCCAACUUUAGAUUUUUUUAAAAACAAUCUAAUCUACCAAUGAAGAACACAAAACUCGAAACAAAUGAAAGAAAUAUUGAAAUACCCACCUUGUUCUUCUUUUUAGUAGAUGAGGAUGAAAUACAAUGGAGGUUUUGAUUCUUCUCCUAUGGGAUUUUUGAAAUUGGAGAAGAAGAAGAAGAAGGGAAAGGUGCGGAAGAAUAGGAGAUGUGGUGGGAUAGGGUUCUGUUUGUGGUAUAAAAUGAGUGGAUGAGGUUUCUUAAAUAGGGAAUGGAAGGAUAGGGUUUGGGUUGAUGUUGUCAUACAAACCGGUUUGGUCAGCCACCAAUCAACUAACUCAUAAAUUAUUAAGAUAAUUCGAAAAAAAUAAUGCAAUCACAGUUACAAAAAAAUAAACUCCUAAAAAUAAUAGAAGAAAUUUAAGAUAUUUUUUUGGGACUUUUUUCGAGCAUUUAGAGCGAAAAUGACCAAAUUUUCCACAUUUCGAACACUUUCUUAUGCUUUUGCCCGAUGCACUUUGUGCUGAUUUGAAUGUCCCCUUGGUCUUCCCAAUUUUUGGUUUUUUCACACUUCGAAGGGGAGCUAGAGGGUUUGUAUGGGCAGGGGGUGUUCGUUCUCUCCAUCGAGAACUCAAUUGCCCAUUGAGUAAGGUCAUCCAACGACUUAGAGACAUGAUUAAAAGCAAUUUCACUACCACACGCGAUGUCAUAUAACACUUACACUUUAGAGACAAUCCUCUGUGUCGUAUCAGUCGACCAACUUUCUCUCCCACAUCACCUCCAACUCCUGGAUGACGAUAUAGUGUCUUCGCAUUUUGGGUUCAUCGAAGCUUGAACCACGUGGAGGGUAGUGCGGUGUAUCCCAUAUUUUUUAUUACUGUAAGCAUAUGUCUGCAAGGAAAACCCUUAGAUUCAAAUAAUGCACACUCACAUUUUAGAUUUUGAUUGGUCGUAGUAAAUGUUAACCUCUUUAUUCGAUCCGGGUUCAUGCAGUUCUUCAGAAUGGAUGUCUCUGUCCCAUCUGAUUCAGUUCUUUUCUCCGCUAAUACAUAAGAAGUUUCACUCUCUAGUUCAGACUUGAAGAUAGCAAAUGUACGAUGUGUGUAAAUACUUUCAGGUUACAUUUCCCAUGUGUUUGAACCUAGAAAGUACUAGGCGGUUAUGGGGUCCGAUCUGGACUUCCUCGUCCGAUCUCCUCGGGAGUGGAAGAAUCUAUGAGGCGGGGGGCGGCCCCUGGGAUCUACGAUCCGACACCCAAGUUAGUACGAUAUAGGAAACGGUUUAUGGUAUGUAGAGGGAGAGAGAGAGAGAGUUUAGAGAGAGACCUUAUGGUAGAAGUGAAGAGGGGAAAGAGAGGAUCCUUUGACUUGGAGGCUUUGGCCUCCUUAUAUAGAGCUUGGGCCUCCUUAAGUGGGCUUGGGCCCGGGAUGCCUUCCGGUGGGCUUGGGCACGUUUAUAGUCGUGUAAGCAUAUUAAUCCAUAUCUCCACAAUUGCCCCUUUAUUUCUUGUAUUCUGUAAGAAUGGAAGGAGUAACUUAAUGCGUUAAUCGUGUAUUAAUUUUCCUUACUUACGAAUCCGAAUGAUGCGGUUUGCUUCUUGUGCGAGUUGCGUGAUCAUUUCCUUUGCCCCUUGCUUGGAUUUCGAUGCCUUGAAUCAAAGCUCUCAAGUCGUUAAGAGUUCCUUCGCUAGUCCAUUGUUGUUAGCGCUAGUAGACCAUAAUUGCGACCUAGGUAGGGUGGCCCCCACGGCUUGAGAAUUUUAACUCAAGAUGCUCUUGUUUCGUGUCUCACCAAUGUCGCGUCCAUGUUGUCAGGAAGUCAUGUGUCUUGUUAAUGUCUUACUUGUGUGAGGCAAGACCAAUUAUUAGUCUUUCAGCUUUCUGGAAAGCUUAGUGCUUCUUCGGCUUUCUGGGGUGCGCUUCUCCUUCGCUUCCGGAGGAGCGCAUCACUACUUCGCUUCCUAGGAAGUGCAUUGCUCCUUCGCUUUCUGGGAAGUGCUUUGCUCAUUAGGCUUCCUAGGAAGCGCAUCGCUCCUUCGCUUCUUGGGACGCGCAUCGCUCCUUCGGCUUCCUCGGAAGCGCAUUGCUCUUUUGCUUCUUGAGAAGCGCAUCGCUCCUUCGCUUCCUGGGAAGCGCCUCGCUCCUUCGGCUUCCUAGGAAGCGCAUUGCUCCUUCGACUUCCUUGGAAGCGAAUUAGUCCUUGGCUUUCUGGGAAGCGCUUUAGUCCUUGAUUUCCUGGAAAGCGCAUUAGUCAUUGGCUUUCUGGGAAGCGCUUAAGUCUUCGACUUCCUAGGAACCGCAUCGCUCCUCGGCUUCCUAGGAAGCGCAUUGCUCCUUCACUUCUUGGGAAGCACAUUAGUCCUCUGCUUUCGGGGAAGCACAUUUCUUCUUCGCUCCUUGGGAAGCGCAUUGCUCCCUCUGCUUCCUGGGAAGCGCAUCGCUCCUCGUCUUCCUGGGAAACGCAUCGCUCCUCGGAUUCCUGGUAAGCGCAUUGCUCCUUCACUUCUUGGGAAGCGCUCCCUAGAGGCAGCAACGUUUGGAGUCAGGAAAGCAUUUGAUAUAGGGAACAUUGCUCGGAGGCGGGAAGCAUUCGUUUGGGGGAGCCUCGCCUAGAAGCGGUUUUCGAGCCUUGAUCGGAGGCGGAAGGCAUGAAUCAAUCACCGAAGGGUGCAUCCCUAGGAGGCGGUUUUUAGCCUAGCCCGGAGGCGGAAUGCAUGAAUUAAUACCCCAAGGGUGCAUCGCUCGGCGGAGGUGAGAAGCUUUCCCCAGAGGAAUCAUCGCUCGGAUGCGGGAAGCAUUCCCCAGAGGAAUCAUCGCUCGGAAGCGGGAAGCAUUCUUUAUGAGAGAGCGUAGCUCGGAGGCGGGAAUCUUCGAGCCUAGCCCGGAGGUCGGAGGCGUGAGUCUUCAAGUAUUCGGGAAAGAUACAAUUGGCUAGUGCCCAAUAUAUUUAAAGUAUAAAUAUACUCUAUCAUGUUGCGGAAAGCGCAUUGAAUAAGAUAUAUCUCUAUGAAGUUGACUUAGCUUGAGAGAAGUUGGCAAGCGGUUAAAUAUUGGUUGUUGCGUCCUUGAUUAACAAAGCGGUUUUGUAGUAUACUGGUUGAAGUGCUUGCAUAUGAAAGUGUGGUCCUUGGUAUCUACGCUUGAUAGAGGCGUUUUAGUCAUUCAUUUUUUAAUAAGUCUUGAUGGCUAAGUGCUUGGGCCGAGCGGUUGAUGUGUGGGCCGUGCUUGAAGCUUGGGCCGAGCGGUUGAGCCGCAAGACGCAGCAUAACAGUCAAAUUCUGAGCGUUGCAAUAUUGGUGAAUGAAGUGCUUUGUAGCAUACUGGUUAAGCGCUUGCUACUAAGUUUCAGGACGCGUGUUCGAAUCUCCUUGCAGGCGUUUUUAGUCGCUUGACGUCGCCAAGGCCUGAGGAUCGCGAAGUGGGCCGGAAGUGGUUUGAACCUUGCAUGCGGGCUUUGGACGCGAGGCCGUCCACUGUAGGCGCCUGGGUGAUUGGUGGGCCGUUGAAGGAGGGCUUUGGAUGCGUGGCGGUCCACUGUAGGCGGCCGGGUGAUUGGUGGGUCGUUGGAGGCGGGCCGCUUCCUUCAAGUAAUGGCCUGGUUGGGCUUCGAAUGCUUGGCAGGCUCAACUUCAAGACGAGCUUGAGCGUGGUGGGAGAAACAGGAAAGUGCGGUUGCAGGUUCCUUGGCGGGCUGGAAGUGCAAGGCAGGCUGAAUAUUGAGUGGGCUCUGAUUACUUGCAGGCCGUGAAAUCUUCGGGAGAUACAGAGUAGCGCAGUUCUAACUUGGCGUUUGAUUGAAGGCGGUGCGGGCCAGUCUUAACU